AUGCUACCACCAGCUUUACUCGCUUCCACAGCCAGAGAAUGCAGUUACACGAGUGAGAAUUUGCCCGCCAAACCUGCUCCAAAGCCCAAGACUAAGCAUAGAGCAGGCAAGAAGAACAAGAAAAAGGCGUCAAAAGCGGCUGGUGAUGAUUCGCCCGAAGAACUAUCUCGUCUCAGCAAAAAGAAAGCUGUCGAAUCCGAUGCUAGACAUUCUUACUUUGUUUCAAUUCUUGAAGAGGUCGGCCAAGUUCUCAAGCCAUUCUCCGACGUGCCCGGGUCCGGUUCAUCCGAUGCAGUCGAGCGAUUGGCCAACAAGUUCGAUGCACUCAAAGUUUAUGAGCCAUCCCAAGAAUUUCUCAAUGCACCAGACGUGGAAAUGCCCGCUCAAGCCGGGAAUGACAAGUCUACGCACGAAGCUGAUCCAUGGGAGUCACUCGAUGAUGCUUUAGUUGCCUUUUAUAUGAUGUGCCGGGAUUUAAACGAGAUUCAAGAUUAUAUUAAGCUCAUUUGGGAAGGUGUAUUCUUUGAACAGGAUGGAAUGGGUAUAGGCCCAGCUGUACUGGCUGUUGUGGCAAAUAUUGCCAUCAAGUUUAGUAAAAGUAUUGCUGAGGAGGUGAUACCCGUAGUUGGCAAGUACGGCGGUCAUCUGGUUAUCGCUACGGAGCUCAUUACUCGCGUGUAUCCUGAUCUAGCGGGAGAGCCGGUGUCGAUUCGAAAAGCGUCGUACGAGUCUUUCAACUUCAUUUAUUUCUACACCGCCAAUUCUCUGGCAGCCCUUGCUUCAGUUCACUGGGACACUGCUAACUCCUUCUUUCCGGAAGGUGCCUUUGGUGUCUGUGAUUUUGAAACACAUUGGGAAUCGAAGACUUAUCAGCAAAAGCUUAGGGAAGACAACAUCAUCGCUUCCGAGCUUUGGUUCGAGUGUUUUCUGCUUGAUAAUGUUCCUGAUUAUCCAUGCACGGACGAAUUCAUUCGAGGUGUCCGGGAGUUCAGGGAAAUCAAGGAGAUCCCUUUCAGCCUCGUGUUCGCGGCCCAGGUCAAUCUCGACAUACACCAUGUCACCGGCAACUAUGCUGAAGCCUCUAUGUCAAGUCCCCCCCAUUGGUCGGCUCAAGAUCAGAAGUGGCUGGAAACUACACAGGAAGGCUUUGACUGGUUUUUGGACAAUCCGAUACACAAGUUGAGGACAUUGCACGUAAGAACCACUGGCGGUGCCAGAGAGGAACGGGCCAUACUCUCCAAAAUAGACAAGUGGAGGAUUUUGAAAAGGUCUCCGAUCAUCGCUGGUUUGGCAUUGUACUACCAUCGUGCCGAGAUUCACGAAGCUGGUCUUAAUGUUACAAUUGCCUGGGGCUCCAUCAUCCUUCCUGCACACUUGUUCAACGCCAUUAAGCAGGGAGAAUAUUCUGAUUACGUCUGGGAAGAUAUGGAGAUGUUAUGGCAGAUAUUUGGAGAAGAGCAAUUCUUUGUUAGUGGGAAGCCUAGCUACUAUUCCGACUACGCUAAGCGCUUCAUGCUGCAGAUCGGUGUAUCUGCGGCGACCUUUCACAAGGAUAGGCUUCUCCUUGGACCACUCAAGGUCGAAGAUUUCACCAAAAAAGGUGCCGAGUUUCUCGUCAGCCGAGCUUCAAUCCACAAAAUUCUUCAGGAGACAUAUCAUAGGAAUCAGCACCGGAUGAACUGGACCACGGAGAGUAUCAGUGCCAUUCUCUCUAAUGUCGAGUCCGAAGACAAAGACAAAGGCAAAGGGAAAGCCAAGACCAAGACUCCAAACGUUCAAAAAGACAUUCGCGUUUCACCAGUCGGUAUACUGAAACAUCUUAAACGAAGAAUGACCGGGGAGGUGCCCGAACUUGCAUGA